ACUCCGACUCCUGCCCAGAUGCACAUCGGCACCUUAAUUACUUCUUUAUCCUCAAUUGCUUGGCUUCUUAACUUGCGUGGCUCAGAUAUCCCUUUCAGUACUCUGUUCUACGCCUACCUGUUCAUUUCUCUUGAUAGGGUUGUCCUAUUCUUAUAUUCCGUCAAGCUUACCGACGAAGUGGAGGAUCACCUACGUGCCCUCAACAUCGAGCGGAAGGAAUAUAAUGACAUUUGGACCUUCCUCCGCCGACGAGAAUGGGGCAAGGGCAAAAUCCUUAUCUUUCCAGAGACCUCCUACGCGGUCUCCUCAAUGCUGACGCACUUCUGUUAUACCGUCGUGCCAUCCUUUAUUGAGAACAUCGAGACCAUCAAGAGUAAACCCCGAAUCACUUACGCGUCAGCGUAGGGUUAAUGAACUUGUUCCCCAGAGCUGUGUCAGCAGUAUGUCAUUCCAUCUGAAGUAGAGGAUGGUAUUCAAAGGGCUAUUCACGCUCACCUGGAAAAUGCCCCGCUUCGCCUACUCAACACCUCCACUGGGUGUUUAUGUGAUCGACAGGCACAGAUAAAUACCUUCAAGGGGAGCACAGAGUACAAGGAGCUUUUAUCUUCAUCGAUGAAGCAUUCGCGCCUCCGAACGGAGCUCAUCAAAGAUGCGGUGAUAAAGUACUUCCAGUGGGCCAUGCUAUCGCAUAGGUGGGAAAACAAGGAGCCGCUGCUGCAUGACAUCCAGGACAAGGUCGUGUACGAUUUGGAUCCAGUUGGAACUGUG